UUGCGCUCGCAGAGUAAUUCGUCUCUGUCGCCCUCCAGCGCUCGAGUGAGAGUUUAACGCCUUGAUUACGUCACUGGAGUCAAUGACGUAGUGCAUCAUGGCUGCGCCCCACUCCACCAUGAAAUUCUGGAAACCCGGCUCUGAGGCUCCUGGUGUGUGUGAGGAGAGGGAUCUGUCCACUGAGACCACUGGUUCCCCCAUCGUCUUUAACCCACACACUGCUCUCUCCAUAGAGAAACAGAGGCAGAGACUGCCAGUUUUUAAGCACAGAAACAAUAUCCUCUAUCUGGUGGAAAGCUUCCAGACUGUGGUGAUUGUUGGAGAAACUGGAUCUGGAAAAAGCACACAGAUUCCACAGUAUUUGUUGGAGGCAGGAUGGGCCGCAGAAGGGAAAGUAAUUGGUGUUACUCAACCUCGACGUGUGGCAGCAACGUCUGUGGCUGGUCGUGUAGCAGAGGAGAGAGGGGCGUUUCUUGGGCAUGAAGUGGGCUACACCAUCAGAUUUGAUGACUGCUCUGACCCUCACGCUACACGUAUAAAAUUUCUGACAGAUGGAAUGUUAGUUCGGGAGAUGAUGUCUGACCCUCUGUUGAAGAAAUACAGUGUGUUAAUGUUGGAUGAGGCUCAUGAAAGAACGCUUUACACUGACAUUGCCAUUGGGCUUCUGAAGAAGAUUCAGAAGAAGCGUAGAGAUCUGCGAUUGAUUGUAGCCUCGGCCACCCUGGAUGCCAAGAAAUUUCAAGAUUUCUUCAACCUAAAUGAGUCUGGAGACCCAAGCAAAGACACCUGUGCCAUUUUGACAGUUGAGGGUCGAACUUUUCCUGUGGAUAUUUUCUACACUGUUAGUCCUGUCCCAGACUAUGUGAAGGCUACUGUGGAAACUGUGCUAAAAAUUCACGAGACAGAGGAUGAUGGUGAUGUGUUAGCAUUUCUCACAGGACAGGAAGAGGUGGAGAAGGUGGUGUCCAUGCUCCAGGAACAGGCCCGAACUCUGUCCCGCUACGGUAUGAAGAAGCAUCUAUGUGUGCUGCCUAUGUACGCUGGGCUGCCUUAUAAAGAACAGAUGAGAGUGUUUGACAGGUUGCCCCCUACUGUCAGAAAGGUGGUGGUUGCAACAAAUAUAGCCGAGACGUCUAUUACCAUUAACGGCAUAGUGUUUGUGAUUGACUGUGCAUUUGUGAAGCUGAGAGCGUAUAAUCCUCGAACGGCCAUCGAGUCACUGAUUGUUACCCCCAUCUCUAAAGCCUCCGCCUGUCAGAGAGCAGGAAGAGCCGGACGCAACCGUGCAGGGAAGUGUUUCCGUCUGUACACAGAGGAGGAUUUUGAGAAGUUGCCCGCGUCUACAGUGCCAGAGAUGCAACGCUCUAAUCUGGCUCCAGUCAUCCUGCAGCUAAAAGCUCUCGGCAUUGACAACGUUCUGCGAUUCAGCUUUUUGUCUCCUCCGCCGGCCCAGUCCAUGGUUCAAGCUCUGGAGCUGCUCUACGCUCUUGGAGGUCUGGAUCAGUAUGGGCGUCUCACUGACCCAAUGGGCAUACGCAUGGCUGAGUUUCCCCUCAGCCCCAUGUUUGCCAAGAUGCUGCUGGAAUCGGGAAACUUCGGCUGCUCCAAAGAGAUCGUCACUAUAGGAGCCAUGAUGCAAAUACAAAACAUUUUCACGGUGCCACACAGUCAGAAAAAAUCAGCUGCGCGUGAACACAGAAAGUUUGCCGUGGCCGAGGGUGAUCAUCUUACCAUGCUGAAUGUUUAUGAGGCCUUCAUUAAGCAUCAGAAGAGUUCCCAAUGGUGUUCGGAUCAUUUCCUGAACUACAAAGGUCUCAUGCGUGCCAGUAUAGUACGAGAACAGCUGCGACACCUGCUCAAUAAGUUUAAGGUGCCUCGAACAUCCAGUGAGGGUGACCCGGAUGUGAUACUCAGAUGUAUCGUGUCAGGAUUUUUUGCCAAUGCAGCACGCAUGCAUCACUCCGGCUCUUACAGGACUCUACGAGAUGACAGAGAACUGCACAUUCAUCCUGACUCUGUGCUUUAUGGAGAAAAACCUCCCAAAUGGGUCGUCUUCAACGAGGUGGUUCAGACCAGCAAGUACUACAUGCGUGACGUGACAGCAGUUGAGUCCUCCUGGCUGGUGGAGCUAGCCCCUCACUUUUACAAGCAGGCCAAGCAUGGGUCUCUAAACAGCAAACGGGCCAAAGUCUUCUGAUCUGACGACGUCUGUGGGUUAGAUGAGGCUCUUCCUGUACAGGACUUGAACGCUUUGGUCAAAAAUAAGGCUGUAAUAUAAGAGGAACACUGUGUUACUUUUGUAUGUACAAAUGCAUAUUAUACAGUAUAUGCUGUCAUUGUCAUCUUUGUUGUUAUUACUAUUUAAUAGCUUUUUGUGAAGGUAGAGAGCCAGCGAAAUGUCUUUAUCCUUGAGAGUGAAAAUUCAAGGUGAGAAAAUUCCAUUUUGAUGGAUAAAUGGAUGUGGAUGGACAAAACCUUACCCUAAUUAUAAUAACCAAAUUAAUAGCCAAUGUUAUAACAAUAAUAAGCUGUUUUUUAUGAAUUAUUUCAAACCUUCAUCGGAGAAAUACUGUGUAGCUGAAACGUAGUGGCCUUUUUACCAUUAUGUGCCAAAUAUUAUAAAACCACAGAGCAUUUUCUAGUGUAUAUGGAAUGUGCAAUUAACCGUAGUUACAGUAUAAGCAUGUGACGAAAAAGUGCCAUUUUUAUAUUGGUCCUUAAAAAUGAGCCUUGUUACACACCUUUAGUCACUGUGUAAUAUCUUGUAGUUUUUUUUCAUUCAGUGUAAAGCUUUAUUUAGUCAUUUCCUAAGGAAAGAUUAGCCAUGAGACUAUAGUUCUUUACAUAUGGUGAGAGUAAAUAGCACAGUGAAUGACAUAUGCCUCAGGGAGGAGUUGGUUUAAUGCAAAAAAUUAAUGGACAUUUCACAAAAUGGUGCAUGGUGUCCCACACUCUCAGAAAAUAAGGUACAAGAAGGUAGUUGUCACUGGGGUGGUAUUUUUGCAAAAAGUACACAUUUGUACCCAAAAGGUGAAUAUUGGUACACACUGGUUCUGUACCAAAAUGGUGCAUAUUAGGACUUUUUUAAAAGGUACUGUUCCAGUGACAACUUUUGUACCUUUUUUUCUGAGAGCGCACGUCUGGGAACGUGGCAUUUGACUGGAGGGCUGAGGAACCGGUCGAGUCACAUUAAUAUUAUGUCUUUUUUAACUUGAAUGAGGCAAAUUAUACUGUGACAUGUUGGUCCCCUAAACUGUAUUACUCUCAUGAAAACAGAGUUAGAAAGAAAAGUAGAUGAAAUCUGUUUAAAAUAUAAAAUCUACUUUCAGGGGUUCUUGUUUACCAAACUUUGCCAAAUUUCUUCAUACAGUAUACAUGGAUGUAUAUAUAUGUAUGUGUUUAUUCAGUUCAAUAGCUUUGAGUACUAUAGGUUUAGCUUGUUUAAAGAUGUACAGUAAUGGUGGAAGAAGAUAGAUUAGAAAUUAGAUUCUUGCAUGUUCAAUGAAGUCUUUAAAGAUUGAAAAUCUCAAAAGUUUCACAUAUGUGGGAAAUAACAUAUUUAAAUGUAAAACAUGUUAUAUGUGUAAAAUGUAAUCUUACCCCAUUUUUACAUUAUCCCAAUGUUCCAAUCCAAAGGUCUUUACUGUAUAUGAGGAAAUAAAGUUCAUAUGAAAAUAA